ACGUGUUGUUUUUGGUUUGACCGCUUCUACGCUUUGGAGAAGUGUCACAAGCUUGGGAAGUGGUUGAUUCAGUACCCCCUAUGGCAGAUAUCGUUGGGGCAUGAUUGAUACGGAUAAUUUAAUAUUUCUGUCCUUAUGAUAAGAAACAAGAGUUUGUUUUAAAGUUUUCUGACUUUAGUUCAUGAGGGCGAGGAAGCCACAUGAAUGUAAUGAAGAAAACUAUAUGCAGAUAUGGGCUGAUGGCUGGAGGAAGUAAAACGAGAUUACAAGGUUCAUUAUGAAUAUGUAUCAGUCACGGUACUGAAUACAGGAAUAAAGUAGAAUGCCCAUAAAUGAUUGUAGUUUUAUCUAAUUAUUCGAUAUCUUGUAAUUUCCAUGCUAACAUUAACAUAUUUUAACUAACAUGCUGAAUGAUGAUACCAAACAACUUCAUUUUGGAUGACCUUGUGAUGUGACGUAUAUCGAAUUAUGUUGAUUGUAUGUUGCUAUGGAUUUGGUAUGAUUUUGCACUUUAUUUAUCAUAAUUGUAAUGAAAUAUAUUUCAAAUUCGACUUCAAUAUUUUAUUUCAUACAAGUUCAACUGAUUUUUAAUAUGAAUACAAACAUUUUCUGUGGUGUUUGAAUUUAUUUGUCAAAAUUAGUGCUGUUUUGACGUUUGAGGUUCAUCCGAAAAAUAUGUAUUUAUAUUGCACCAAUCAUUUGCACAUAUUUAUCAUUUUCGCAAUUUUACAUAUACCAUGCAUUUUUGGUGUGGAAUUAACAUUUGAACUGCCUGACAACGCAAAGCAAUGCUUUUAUCAAGAGAUAGAAAGGGACGUGAUAGUAACUUUGGAGUUUCAAGUGAUUAGUGGAGGGCGAUAUGACGUGGAUUGUAAAAUAGAGGACCCUGACGGUCUUGAACUUUAUGGAAAAAAGAAACAACAGUAUGAUUCUCAACAAUGGACAACUCAAAAAGUUGGUGUUUAUAAGGUCUGCUUCAGCAAUGAAUUUUCGACAAUUACACACAAGGUUGUCUACUUUGACUGGCAGUUUGGGGCUGAAGCACCACUAUUGCCGGAAAUGGCCAGGUCAUCGGCCCUCACACAAAUGGAGUCAAAUGUGGUUUCAAUUCAUGAAAUGCUGAAUAAUGUGAUGGAGUUUCAGACCAAGUUUCGUUUGCGAGAAGCAACAGGCAGAAUUUUUGCAACAGCAUUGAGUGAAAAAGUCCAGAUUUGGUCGUUUUUACAAAUGAUGAUUUUAAUUAUCGUCGCAAUAGGACAAGUUGUUGUUCUUCGGAGCUUUUUCUCCAAUACGAAACAGCACAGAGUUCGGUCUGCAACAUGACGUCUUAGUUUUAUUUCCAUAAUUUAUAGAAGUCUUACAAUUAGUUAAAGUGAGGGUGUGGAUAAAUUAUUUUGCUGCCACUUGAAGCAAAUUUGUACGCUUUUAUUAGUAGCUUAAUUAGAUUUAAACGAUACAUGAGUUGGAUUAGUCGAAACCAUACCAUAGUUAUUGGUAAUUGUUCAAUGAAGCUUCGAAUUAAUAUGAAGAAUUAUACUGUAUUGUAUGGAAGCAUCAAACCAUUGCCUGUUGUUUUGUUGUUCCCCGAAUGUAUUCUUAUUGAUUGGAAAUGUACAAUUUUUAUAUUCUGCUCAUAGUUACAAGGCGAAACAAGUCAAAGGCGAAACAAGUCAAAGAUGCCAUAUAUUCAAAUUCAUUGUAUUGGCAAAUUUUUUGUUUUUGCACAUUUAAACAACGUUGGCAUAACUCUUGUGGAAUUCAUUUCACCUUCAUUGUCGUCAAUCUGUGGAAUAAUUGUUCUUGGUUAGCAAAUCAUUAUUUAAUAACACAACUUUUUCAUGUUAAAUGUCAUAUUUUGCCUUGGUCUGUAUCUAUCAUCAGCUCGGUUAACUCCCAAAUCAUCUUGUUGCUACCACAAAUUUAUGUUUGAGUAAGAAAAAUAAAUGUUGUACAUUGAAGAAAUCA